AUCCAGUUUGAAUUUCGCUCCAAAACGUGGGAGUAGAAUGCAAAUGUUGGCUUGAAAACGGCGCGUGAUUGGCUCAAGAAGCGCAUGUCAAUAAUAGUGUAUCAGUUUUCUAAUUUUCUCAACUGCGCACAGUUCACACGUGGUCGCAUGGUGACCAGUACACCGAUGUUCUUACUACAAUAAGGAAGAGAGGAAGCAAAGAAGUUAGCAUGGAUAUAUAAAGGCAUAACGGUGUUUUUGAUGCGAGAAAGAGACGCAAGUGCGUGCAUACUGAAACCCAGUCAGUUUCAGUACUUUCAGUUCGUCGUCGACUGGUAGAGACGAAACCACCUUCAGCUCUCUCGUGAUCGUUAUCAACCAUUGUCGCUGUUCUACCCUUCCUUCUGUGACUCCUGUAAUAUUGGCAAUGAUAAUGGACAGAACGCGGCUCACGUACGUGUCUGCGGCUGUUGUCGGCGCCGGAACCGUGGUCGUCUUCCUUUGGUGGUUGUGGUGGUCCAAGAGGCAAAAGGAGAAGCCACCCUCGCAAUGGCGAAAGGUCGGCGAGUUGAGCGACCUGAUCGUGUAUCCGAUCAAGUCGCUCGGCUCUGUUCGAAUGAACACGAUGGAGUGCACGAAACUUGGCCUGAAAUCUGGCUGGCUAAGGGAUCGUACGUUGAUGGUCAUCGACUUGAACGGACACUUCGUCACCGGCAGGCAGAGACCAAAAAUGGUCCAGGUGAUACCCAAAGUUUCCGGGACGAUUCUCACGCUGUCGGCACCUGGAAUGAUAUCCUUGUCCAUCGAUUUGUCUCGAAUCCAAGGCAAAGCGUUUCGCUUGGCAGUUUGGGGCCAACCUGUAUCCGCCUGCGAUUGUGGCGAGGAGGCUGCCAGAUGGCUGUCCCGAUUCCUUCUCCAGGAAGAUACUGGAUUCAGAUUGGUGUAUUAUCCGCUGGAUUAUCCAACGAGAGAGGUCAGGAAGAGCAAUGAACAGUGGUUGCUCACGCCCGACGACACUGGCGCGUAUCCAGACGCUACCAGCUACUGCUUGAUAAACGAGGCAUCGGUGACGGACCUGAACACCCGAUUAGAGAAGCCAGUCAACCCCGAGCAAUUUCGACCUAACUUCGUGAUUAAAGGUGCAGCCGCUUACGAAGAGGAUACCUGGGGCUGGGUGAAGAUCGGCGACGUGAUCUUCAAAACUGUUAUGCCAUGCACCAGAUGCAUCUUUACCACGGUAGAUCCGGAGACAGGGACAAAGAAUCCAAAAGUGGAGCCUUUGAAAACUCUGAAAAGUUACAGACAAAUAAUGGAUCCACUUAUUCGCCCAUUGGUCGGCGAGAGUCCAGUACUGGGAAUUCAUCUUGGAUUGAGGAAUUCUAGUGGCACCGUGCGAGUAGGAGACCCGGUUUACGUCGGUUUGCCCGAGGAGCAACCACUGUUGAUAUCGCCACCCUAGCUACACCGGUGGGCUUCCUGCGAGGACGAAAUUUUCGUCUUCGAGGAAGCCACAGAAUCUCCGAAGGAGGAUACUUUGUCGACGGAAUUGAACAGUGAGGAUUCGUAGCAUUAUGAAAAAGAAAAGGAAAAGA